AUGGCAGAUGCGGAAUGGGAGGCUCAUAAGGCAGAGAUCGAGCGCCUUUACAUCAGAGAGAACAAAAAGCUAGAGGAGGUCUUGCAAUUUAUGGAAACGACAUAUGGCUUUCGCAAAACGAAGUAUCAAUACACGGCGAGGCUUAAGAAAUGGGGUUUUAAGAAAUAUCGCAUGGGCGCUCUCAAGUGGAGACACGUCAACAGAGAAAUACAAAAGAGGGCAGCUGAAGGGCAGAAUCUCGAAGUCUGGUUCGACGGGGUCUAUUACGAUCCAAAAACAGUGCAAUUUGAGAUUCAUCGCCAGGGUUUUCAGAGAGAGACUGACAAAUAUCGUCAAGAGCCAUUGUCCCCAACACCUGAAGGACUUAUUGUCUGCUCUCCUGGUCCGUUGAUAUUUCAAAUUACAUGGCCACAGAAUCUCCCAUGGUUUAUUUUCUCCAAUACUGCGCUGAGCAGUUUACAAAACGUCCCGAGCAACCCAUCUAUUUCACUGGAACAUCUUCCAGGGGUUCGGGAAAUGGACCUACCUUCCCAAAUCAUCGAAGGUGGUCUCAUCGAUUCUCUCGGCUCCCUUAUGAUCGGAAGCCAUGCCAAAGUGCUGCGCACCGGACGCAAUAGCGCCAGGGUAGCAGCAGCUCUGAGCUCAAUAAUGCCUGAACAACACGAAGGUCAAAACCUUUACAUAGCAGAAAGACUUUGCGGUCUCAGAGGUGGCAGUGAUGCCGUGGAGCGCUUACAAGUUGCACUUUUCCUGCUUUCCAACAGUUUUCAAGUCUCUGAGCCUGAUGAUGAUUCUUGGCAAUCAAAUAUACGAGAAUUCUUGGAUGUAUACUCGGAUGACGAGACGGAUGAUGACCCCGAUUCUGAGACGAAUGCCUAUUUCCAUGAUAUAAAGCGAGGAGAGCCUAGGACUAGCAAGGAAGAUCAAACGAUCAUGGCAACAUUCUAUCAAUCGGGCCUGGAUACCGUCAACAACCUCAAAUAUCUACUUUCCCUCCCCGGGGCAACAGCACAUGCUAUAUCGCACAAGCUUUUUGCAAGUGCGGUGAGAUCCGAGGACGUAAGAAUGGUUCGGAUGGCUUUGGAAGCUGGUAUGAGUCCUGAUAUUCCAAUUGUUCAUGAUGGAUUUCCCGUGCCACCUUUGGUACUGGCUUCCAACUUCAGAGACUCCCGAGCGGCUCUGGACAUGUGCAACUUGUUCCUAUCAUAUGGUUCUGGGCUCAAGGAUAUAAGCAUCCUAGAAAGGGCUCUCUGUGAAGCAAUCCGCUCAAGAAAUAAUGAGCUCAUCAAACUAUUUCUGGCUCGAAAUAUUCCUAUACCAGGAGAGGCAUUAAGCGCCGCAAUUAAGACGAGAACCCCAGGCCUUUUCUCUAUGCUCCUUGAUAUUGACCCCAAUAUCAACAAACGAAGCGGUGGCUCAUACGACCUUUCGAUCCUCGGGCUUGCUGUGGACCGAAACGAUGUGUCUCUGACACAAUAUCUGCUUGCCUUAGGCGCGGAUGUUGACGCAAUUCAAGAUGUGAAGUUAGAUGUGAAGUUCUGUGAAGACUACAUUGUCAGAUCAACCACACUUGGACUCGCGAUAAGGAAAGGCAACGACGACAUAAUCAAUCUUCUUUUGGAUACCCAUCCAAAUAUCAACCACCAAGAGGCAUCAGAUGACUACAUCCCCCCACUCGUCUUAUCGGUUGAAUGUGGUGCCAUCAAUAUCACACAGCGUCUGUUAUCGGCGGGUGCAGAAGUCUCUAUUGGUGAUGGAAUCCAAGAAAUGAGCCUCGUGCAACGGGCUCUUGCGAGAAACGAUCUCGAAACUUCCAGACUGCUCAUAUCCUACGGAGCCAGUGUAGAGCCAACUCAGAUGGAGGAUUACUAUACCUCCAUCCUGUAUGAAAAUGUAGCGAUGAACAAUAUCGACACUGCAAUUUCCCUAUUGAGUUGGGGCGCAAGGAAGAAUGAAACUUUUUACGACAAGGUCCCAGACACCAUCCUCGGCGCAGCCAUAGUAGGUGGCCACUGCGAAAUGGUUGGAUCUCUUCUCCAAGCUGGAGCGACAGAAAUUGGAAAAAGCCUGAUUCAAAUCGGAAACUUGGAAACUGCAAUGUACUUGGAACAGCUUGGGCUGCUGCCUCAAAUCCUCCAUUGCUAUGGUCAACCGAUACUCGUGUCUGCCAUUAGGAUGUCGCAGAGAAGCGAUGAUGGUCUUGUCCGAUAUUUGCUCGAUCGUAAUGUCGACAAGCAGCCUAAAAAUGUCGGUCUAAAGCCAUUUUUCAUGAUGUCAAAGUGUUCACUUCAGCCUGUUGGGCCUGAGCGGUACUGGAGGUUUUUGGAUUACGCCACUGUUUGCCUAUCUCCGCUUGCAGCUGCAAUUUUUUACUUACGUUUCCCAGAGAGCUUUUCAUUGGCAAAGCUUCUGAUUGUACGAGGAGCAAGCAUCGGAGAUCUUGAACUGACAGCAGCAGUCGAGGAUUAUCGAUGCGGUUCGCAACAUUUUGGAAUUCUUCAACUGCUUUUGGACAAUUUGUCACAGCAGCCUUGUGCUGUCCCAAAUGCCUUCGAGAAGGCUUUACAAUAUGAUCACAUUGUUUUUCUUGUGCGGCGCUUUUUAGAAAUUGGUCUUGACCCCGGAGGCAAAGUUGUUGCUAGCGGGUUUUUGGACAAUAUUUUCCUGUACCAGCUGCACGGAGUCCUCGACUGCGAAGUUCUCGAUUCUAUCCUUGAGAGAGCAGUCAUUUGGCGAAAUGGUGUGUCACUUAGGACCCUUCUACAUUCACGAACAUGGACUGCGGUUGAAAAAGGACGAGCGCUCACCACAGCUCUGUAUCACCGUCGCAAUUCCGCGGUACAGGAUUUAUUGGAUGCCGGUGCGGAUGUGAAUCAGGCGGUCAAGAUUCACCUUGACUCAAUUCCUCCCCUUUGGCUCGCCGUUCGGAGGCAGGAUAUCUCUCUGACUAGACGCCUGGUUGCUCUUGGUGCUGAUUGUGAUCGGAGCAUCUUGUCGAACGUACCUUUUGAAAGUGUCAAAGGGCAAUCAAUUCUCUGCGCUGCAGUGAGCACCGGAAACAGGCACAUUGUAAAGAUUCUCCUAGACGCAGGGGCAGACGUCAACCGACCAGUCUCGUCUCAAUAUAGAAGAACGGCAUUACAAGCCGCGGUGGAAGAUGGAAGUGUUCAAAUAGUGGACAUGCUAUUGGACGCUGGAGCAGAUCCUAAUCAGUGUGCGGCCGAAUUUAGGGGCGGAACAGCGCUCCAGUUUGCUGCAAUCAAGGGAUACAUCGGUAUCGCUCGCAAAUUACUUGCAAAGGGAGCCGAUGUCAACGCAAAAAAGUCCUUACGAAAUGGCAGAACAGCAUUGGAGGGGGCUGCGGAACAUGGUCGCAUUGAUAUGCUGCAGCUGCUUCUGAACGAAGGUGCAUCAAUUGUGGCAAGUGGCCGUCGCCAAUACAUUCGAGCAGUCAAAUUGGCAGAAAAGAAUGCCGAAUUCGGUGCAGCAAAGCUACUCAGAGACCAAGGGGGUUGGACUGAGUGGGAUGCAAGGCAAUAUGAACGUGAAGAGCUCGACCUCCAUGAGAAUGUCUGGGACUCCACGAUGUCAAUUCCGCACCGCAGGAGAACAGAGCAAGAUUAG